AAAUGUAAACAAAAUAUAAAUUCAACGCAGCUGAUGUUUGGAUUUUGAUGAAUUUUGAUAUUUUUAACAAAUAAAAAUGCCUUCAUUUUGCGUAAUUUCCGAUUGCCAAGAUAAAUACAAGCACUCAGAAAAUGUCUCAUUUCAUAAAUUCCCUCAUAGCCGGAAGGACCUUCUCGACAAGUGGAUUGAAUUUGCCAACCGCGAACCCGACUGGAAACCAUCCAAAUGGAGUGCAAUAUGUAGUCGGCACUUUGUUCCUGAAGAUUUCCGGAAUGUCAAUUCCAGGAAAACCCUCAAGAAGACUGCUGUUCCCACUUUAAAAACCUCUACAUGGACUGAUCACUCUCAAGAGAUGCUGCCAUCUCUCUCGAUUCAGAAUCACGAAACAGACAUGAAGAUCCCUGAAAGUAAUUGCCGCCUUUGUGGAAUUUGUUGUCGUCCGGUGGCGACCUUUGCCACGAAUUUUGAAAUUUUCGGUAUGAUCCAGAAAUGUUUUCCCACACUCAACAUCCAAUUGGAUGACAAUCUCCCAAAAGACAUGUGUUCCGGAUGCUUGAAGAGACUCAAUAGCUUCUCAGAGUUCAUAGACUUGGUCCUGAAUACUCAGAAACACCUCCAUGGCACGAUUCGAAGUGAAAAAUUCAUUAAACCACCCGAAAGACAACUGAAAAUAAAACAAGAACCAGUCGUAAAUGUCAAACAAGAAGUCGCCGAACACUUUGAUAGCUUCCUAAGCGACGAACUAGAAGAAGAACAAGACUGCGAACAGAAAUUCUCCUUCUGUGACUUUCCCAUGCUCAACACCCAGGAUAUCAUCAACAAUUGUGACAUCAUGGAAAUCAUUAAUCUUGACGAUCCCUUCAUCGAUAUUCCUGACGAUGAAAAUGGCAAUGAAAUUGGAGAAAUUGUCAAUCAAGAUUUCUUCACAUCCACGAAUAAAUCGCAGUUUGCUUCGAAAUUGGAUUCCAUUAACUUGGUUCAUGAACACAACUACGCCAUGCCAAUCGAAUGCAAGGAAUCCAUAAACCUCACAAAUGUAUAUAAGACUGAAAAAACAGAAGACAAGGAUGACCAUGAUGUGGUGGCUAGCAGCGUUCCACCAGACACCUUGAUCACUGCUAAACCUAAGUUCAACAACAGCAGUGCUGAGUCCACAAUCAUAAGUAAUGAUUUGCAAUUCUCCAAAAGCACAUCAUCAUCCUCGUCAAAUGGAAAAUUAAUGGUGACAUCUGUGAGUGAUUUGCUACCUCGUCCAAAAGUCGAGUCGAACUUUAAGAAGCCAAAUAUUGUUGUUUUGAAUGAGAGCAUUGUCAAGACGGCGUCUGCAUUCCAGCUACACCCUUGUUCGAUGUGCCCAGCGCAGUUCUUCUCCGCUGAGGGAUUAAGUCACCACGUUGCUAAGACUCACCUUCCAAUGGUCACAUUACCUCCAAACAAUGUUUGCAGCUCCAUUCCAACGCCUCCAUGCAAUAUACCAGAGGAGGUCAUUGCUAAAGUUGACUCCAAGUCGAUAACCUGUCUCAUCUGUUCCUCGAGUUUCUCAAAUAUUCAUGAUCUCCUCAAGCACAAGAUCCGAACUCAUCCGAAGCCAAUGGCGAAAAAAAGAAAACGUGGCCGUGAGUGUUCUGCCUGCGAGAAGUUUUUCGUCAGCCAAAUGGCCCUGAAAAACCAUCGUAACUAUGUUUGUCUCUCGAAGCUGAAUUCAUCACCGAGAACCUUCAAGUGCCGUUGGUGUUCCAAAUUCACAUUCAGUCACUGGAGAAUCUAUAGAAAUCAUGUAGCGCGUUGUAAGAAACUCAGAUGCCCUAAGAAACCUGAGAACGUCACAAAACUUCCCAAGAUCUCAUCAAAAUCCAAACCAAAAAUUCUCGAAAAACCACCAGCUAAAGAUAUUUUCAACCUUCUCUGCCUCGGCUGCAAUCAGUCCUUCAGAACUGUAGAUGAAUUUCGAUUGCAUUACGUUGAAGAAAAAUGCAAACUCCAACCAUCAGCCGAUCAGGUUCUUGCAUUCUGUCGCACAUGCAAUCGACCCAUAACCAAAUUGGCCAAACUACGUGUUCAUCGGCAUUUUCAGUAUUCCUCCAAAUAUUUCUGCAAAGAGUGCCCCAAGGAGUUCAAGAACUCAAAACUUCUAGCCCAACAUCGAAUCACACAUUCGAAUGUUCGCAAUCACAAAUGCCAAUUGUGCGAGAAGACAUUCAAACGAAACUGCGGCCUACAGCAGCAUAUAAAAGCGAUUCAUUUGAAGUUGAAGCCACACGAGUGUGGUGUCUGUAAACGGAAAUUCGCUCUCAAAGGCGAUAUGUUACGUUGUAAACAUUCAAUAUUGACAUUGUAAUUUUAUCAGAACUUGUAUUUAUGUUUCCAUGCAUUUUCGAUUAUACUUUCAAAUGGAUUUAA